ACUGCGCACUGCGUGGAUCACGUGAUUUUACUGGUUGUGAUGGCUUCCUUCGCUUACUGUGACUACACGCUUUGAGGAAAAACAUGGGCUUCUGCGCAUUUCUACGUCAAACCGACGAAUGUCCUCUCAAUAAAGCCCUUCAUAUUAUUGGAGGCAGACACAACGUGACAAAGAAAAGAGAAGAGGCGCUGAUCUGGAAAAGGAGCCGCGAUGUUUCUGUUUCAGUUACCCGAGGAUGUGCUGUUCCUCGUCCUGUCCUACCUGGAUCCCAGAUCGCUCUGCCGCCUCUCUCAAGCGUGCAAGAGAAGCUACCAGUUCAUCUCCAGAGACGUUGUUUGGAGGAAAAUAGCUAAAGAAAUUAUUAAUACUGGCUUGACACGACAAGGAAUAGAUUUAUGUCCUUCCAUUCCUCUUAAGGACAGAGUGAGGGUGUCCCACAACUGGAUCAAUGGAGUCUGUCGUAAAGAAAUUCUUUUAAAAUGGAAAAUUAACUUGUUGCCGUGGAUACAGCUGGACUGUGAUGUGCUGUAUCUCUCUCAGGCAGCAAACAUCAGUGCGUACCAUCUGAGAGCUGGGGGGGGGAAGUUUCAGAACAAACGAGUGGCCCUGUUCUCGGGACACCGAGAGGACGUGUGCAGAUUCACUCUGACAGACACACACCUUAUCAGUGCAGGAGGAGAUGGUAAAAUAAUUGUUCAUGACAAAGGAAGUGAUUACUCUGUGGAGUAUUACGGUCACAAUCAGGAGGUGAACUGCAUUGACUGUAAAGGGGGUGUGAUAGUCAGUGGCUCCAGAGACAAGACCUCAAAGAUUUGGGCUCUGACUCCAGAUCGAUUUGGACAGUGCUUGCAUACAAUCCCCAUGUAUGACAGAGUGUGGUCGGUGGCCAUCAGUCCAUCUCUAUGCACCUUUGUGACAGGAACAGCCUGCUGUGAGAAUUUUGCUCCUCUUCGAAUCUGGGACACAGAAAGGUGUCACCUGGUGUCGUGUCUCGGUACAGAGUUCCGCCGCGGAGCAGGUGUGUUGGACAUCAUCUACGAGUCUCCCUUCCAGCUCCUCACCUGCGGUUACGACACAUUCAUCCGCUACUGGGAUUUGCGCAUCUGCUCCAGGAAGUGUGUGAUGGAGUGGGAGGAGCCUCAUGACAGCGCCCUUUACUGUAUAAAGACUGACAAGAAUCACAUGAUUGCCAGUGGCUCGUCAUACUAUGGAGUAGUGCGUCUUUGGGACAAACGGCAAACUCGCUGUUUACAGAUGUUCCAGCUGGCGCCCACCACCAGCAGCCCAGUGUACAGCCUGUGCUUCAACAGCACUCACCUCUACGCUGCCCUGGCCUCCGUCCUCUACUCCCUUGACUUCAGAACUGCAGGGUCCCAGUCCUGGAAAUAACAAUCCAUUAAUGUUACUUGAGACUCAUGCUUCAUCUCCUCCAAGCCCUUAGUGAUGGUCUCAGACCUCAGAUGGGCAAGUAGCCAUCAUGCCUUUUGGAUAAUCAGUGCCGCUAAUGAUACAGUUAUGGCCUGGUGAAUAUUUCCCCUGUCACAGGCUCCUGAAAGCAAGCAGGGUUCACGACCUUCUGUGGUCCGAGUCUUAACGGACUUAACACAUUGCCAGCGACCUCUGGGAUGUCUAAAACAAACACUGCUCAGAGCUGCCAACACACACUGAGGGGAUUUAUGCUAAACCACAGCACAUAUGAUAAUAGAUAUAUUGAAGCUGAAAGUAUAUUUUUCCAACAAUGAGCCAAUUAAACAUGUUUUGUUUUCUU